CCUUUUACAGUGCUAGGGUCAGGUUGCUUGUCCGCCAUUUUGAUUCGACGGAGAAGCGUGGGGGCAACAUUCCUUUGAUUCCAGUUUUGCCAGUUUCAAGAGAAUGGAACACAUAAGCAAAUUAUCAGCACCAUAAACCGAAAUGGGGGACCUUCCAACGGUACACUCUGGGACCAGACAAGCAGCAGCGAAAAAGUAGAGACGGGAAGGCAGCAGGACAAGGAAGGGGGCAUUCCACGCGAGGAAAAACAACGGAGUGGAAUCUGACCAUUUUCCCGCACAGGGUGGAACAGAAUACACAGACAGGCUUGCUAUGGCUAAACGCUUUGCUUGUACGGAAUGUGCCUAUAGAACAGACUCAAAUGCUGACCUAUUAAAACACACAAGAAAACAUACUGGUGAAAAACCCUUCAAAUGUGACCAGUGUGACUAUGCUUCUGCAUUGAAAGGCAAUUUGGACCGACAUAUGACUAAACACACCGGCGAAAAACGCUUUGUGUGCGAAACGUGUGGGUACAGAACAUCUGACAAAUCUUCGUUAAUCGUUCACAUCAGAAGACAUACAGGUGAGAAACCUUAUAAGUGUGACCUGUGCGAUUAUUCCGCUACACAGAAAGGCAGUUUAAAGCAGCAUAUGGCCAAACACACUGGAAGAAAACCCUACAUGUGUGGAGAGUGCGGAUACAGGACUGCUCACAGAUUUCACCUAUCGAAACAUAUGAGAAGACACACAGGCGAGAAGCCUUACAAAUGUGACCAGUGCGACUACUCCACCGCAGAGAAAAGCGAUUUAGUCCGACACAUGGCCAAACACACCGGUAACAAACCCUACAUCUGUGGAAAGUGUGGAUACAGGACAGCUGUCAGGUCUCACCUAACCGGACAUAUGAGGAAACAUACGGGCGAGAAGCCCUACAAGUGUGACCAGUGCGACUAUGCUUCAGCAACGAAGUGUAACUUAGACCAACACAUGGCUAGACACACCGGAGAAAAACCCUACAUGUGUGGAGAGUGUGACUAUAGGACGGCUGUGAAGCUUCGUUUAUCCCAACAUCUGAGAACACAUACAGGUGAAAAGCCCUUCAAGUGUGCCCAGUGUGAUUAUUCCGCUACACAGAAAGGCAGUUUAAAGCAGCACAUGGCUAAACACACUGGAAGAAAACCCUACCUGUGUGGAGAGUGCGGAUACAGAUGUGCUCGCAGGUCUCACCUAUCUGAACAUAUGAGGACCCAUACAGGCGAGAAAUCCUUCAACUGUGACCAAUGUGGCUAUUCUGCUACAAGGAAGAGCUAUUUAAUCCAACAUUUGGUCAAACACGCCUCUUAGCUGUAUAGUUUACAGUCCACAGACAUAGGGCGGUUGACGGGUCUAUCCAGAAACAUACAGGUGAAAGCCCACCUACAAAUGGCUGAAAACAGAUCGCUGUACAUCCCUACAUGUGUGGGAUCACCGGGAUGGAACACUCAUUGAGUGGCAUAACUACAAACUGUGAAGACAACAUCCCUCUAAUCUAAAUCAUAUGGGCUAUGCCACUUACUUAACGGUUUAUCCCCACCCCCGCUAUCUGAACAUGCCCUGUAUAUUAUGUUAUAUUAAUGUCUAGAACCAUGGACAUUGAUUGUUUGUUGCAUACAGACAUUGUAUGGUUUAAUCAGAUGACAAUAUUCCCUCUAAAACUGUAUAUUACAAUUGUAAUAAUUGAUACUGGUAUUACUAACUGAAAAUCUUGUAUUAGUGCUGCCCCUACGGCCGGUGAGGCUAAGGGACCGGUGAGGUGAGGUGAAUCGUCGAUAUAACGCUGUCAUUGACUUUAUACUUUAUAUGUUUUUACAUACUAUCAAAACGUUGUUAGAGUGUAUCUAUUUCAUGUCCUCUUGUCAUUAUAGAAUUGUGAUACUUUACAUCAUAUGGAAAAAGAUAAAGUCAACUGUUCCCUCAUCUCAACUUUGUUGCUUGCGAUACUUUUCCAUGUUCUUUAUGCAUACCAUCUGUAUACACAGUAAAAAUGUCUAGAUACAAUGUAAGUUUGCUAAUAAAAAUCAAUCGAGCAUUCAUAAACCCCAAGCCAUUCUAGCUAAUACUCACAAUGAAGUCUGUUCUGUGACGUCACGUGAUUCAAGUAAAUUGUCCAAUCUAAAGACACACAGUAGGCAAUUAUAUAAAUAUCUUUAAGAAAGCGUCAAAAGUCUGUAAACAAUAAAGGGAAUUUUAAGUUUCUAGUGUUUUUGGCCGGCAAUAUGGUUACAUCAGGUAUAUGAACUUUGACCUUCCACCUCCGAGCUCAGAGUGUCCGCCAUUUUGAAUAGUCGGGUAACACAUUCCUUGCCAUUUGGGGGUCAUUUCAACGUCGAUUCAACACCUCAGCAACUGAACAACACUAUCAGCCGGUAGGUAAGACAUGUAUUAACUCUCUUUUAUUCUCUUCGUCUGCUAAAUCAUUAGUACUUCAGAAACAGAGGUUAGUUUACUGGACAAUUUAUAGUGAUCGAUUUGUAAUUUGUAUGGGGGAGGGGGGCAUUGCUAUGUAAACUACUAGUAAUUGUGGACACUGACAAGGACUAGAUGUCACAGUUUCACAAUGCUUUGCUUUGUACGUUUCUGGAGUAUUUAUCCUUGUGUAUGUGUGUUAAUUAGUUACGAUUUAUGGGUGUUCGUCACGGUUUGUGGAUGUAGUAGCAG